AUGGAUGCUGAUCCAAGGAUCUGCCUGGCGUUCCUAUAUAAGAACGACCCUUUCUAUUCACUCUGCCUUUCAGACUUGCUGACAGCACCCCAGCAGGUUAAGAAUAAGUUUCUCAAGGAGCAGAAGGACCUAACAAUGGUAAGGUGACCAGUUUCAUUGCCUUCCCUCACCCUCAACAGAUGUUAUUGUUGUUGUUUAUUAAAUUUGAUUGUUUCAUUGUUCGUUUCCAGACUAUAAAGAAACUGGAGCAGCAGAAGCUGAGCAGGCUGCGACAACUGGACGAGGAGAAAAAACAGUUCACUCUGCUCAUGAGGAAGAAACUGAGCCCCGGGGUCAUCAUCAGGACAGGGUCUUCCAUGACCAUGGAAAGGGGUUCCCAGAGGACAUUCUCCAGUGUCCAGUUUUCUUCUCUGGCUUCAAGCAAGAGCAGCUGGAAGAAGCAUGGCGGCAAGCCACACCCCCGAUCAGGCCCUGGCUUCUUUUCAGCCAUUGGACGAUAG